AUGGCGGAUAAAUCAUGUGAUAUAGGCCGUCGGGUACGCCGUGAUGUCAUAAAGUAUGGUCAUGAUGGGAGACCCACCACGUCGAUAUGUGGACAGAAAAUGUUCUGUUCAACAACUAAAGAACAUCCAAGUGGUGGCAAGAGGUCCGCUGCUGAAUCCUUCUGCUACACCAAUUACGGAUCCAUGUUCGGAGAUUUUUCCAUCCGGAAUCCUCUGAAGCUAGUUAUCAGCUGUCUUAUUCUGCUCAAUUUGUUGAAGAUCAUUAAUUCAUCCAAGGCGCCUGACACUGAAGGUGAUGCUUUAAGAGAUCUUCUACUGGCACUCAAUGAUUCCAAUAAACAGAUAAAUUGGGAUCCUAAUUUAGUGAGCCCUUGCUUUAGUUGGACUUAUGUCUACUGCAGAAAUGGACAUGUUGUAUCCCUGAGCUUGAAUUCACUUGGAUUUUCAGGAACUCUUUCACCUGCAAUUACAAAACUGAAGUUUCUGGUUAGCUUGGAAUUAAAGAACAAUAAUCUAUCAGGGCCCUUGCCUGAUUAUCUGGGCAACAUGGUGCAACUAGAAAAUCUGAAUCUUGCCAGCAACAAAUUCGGUGGCUCUAUACCCAUCACUUGGGGCCAGCUAUCCAAUUUAAAAUAUUUGGAUGUUUCAUCUAACAAUUUAACAGGAAGAAUACCCGAGAAACUCUUUUCAGUUGCGACAUUUGAUUUUACGGCAACUCAUCUUGCUUGUGGCCUGAGCUUUCAUGAACCUUGCGUCUCGAGCUCUCCCCUUCCAGUUUCAACCAGCAAGUCAAGACUUAAAGUAAUUGCAGCUUCUGCAAGCUGUGGUGCUUUCAUUCUUCUGAUGCUUAUCGCUGUUUUGUUACACCGAUACCAUCAAUUUCACAAAGAGAAAAAUGAUAUCUUUGUUGAUGUUGCAGGUGAAGAUGACCGCAAAAUUUCAUUUGGGCAGCUUAGAAGAUUCUCUUGGCGCGAGCUUCAACUUGCAACAGACAAUUUCAGUGAAAGCAACAUAAUUGGACAAGGAGGGUUUGGAAAAGUCUACAAAGGUAUCCUCCCGGACAACACGAAAGUUGCUGUGAAACGCCUUGCAGAUUAUUACAGUCCUGGAGGAGACGCUGCAUUCCAGAGAGAAGUUCAACUGAUUAGUGUUGCUGUACAUAAAAAUCUUCUGAGGUUGAUUGGAUUUUGCACAACUUCAUCUGAGAAAAUCUUGGUCUAUCCAUAUAUGCAAAAUCUUAGCGUUGCAUACCGCCUGAGAGAUUUGAAGCCUGACCUUUCUCGACUCGAGGAGGAAGAGGAUGUUCUUCUGCUUGACCAUAUCAAGAAGCUGCUGAGGGAAAACAGGCUUGAUGACAUUGUGGAUGGAAACUUGAAAACUUACGACCACGAAGAAGGCAAGACCAUCGUCCAGGUUGCAUUGCUGUGCACGCAGAGCUCGCCUGAAGACCGCCCCACAAUGGCAGAAGUUGUGAAAAUGCUUCAAGGAAUAGAUCUGGCCGAGAGAUGGGCAAAGUGGGAGCAACUUGAGGAUGCUAUGAGCCAAGAAUUCUCACUCAUGUCUCACCAAUAUAUCUGGGCCGAAGAUUCAAGUAUCGACCAAGAAGCUAUACAAUUGUCCAGGGCAAGAUAG